GAUGUGCCAUUGAGACUGUCCGGCCAGUGAAUCGUUUUGUGCGAACAUCAGACGUUUUCAAAGGACCUUUGAAAUAGCGAGAAAAUGAGCGAACGUAAUCCCUUCCGACCGACUUCUUCCGGUAGUACGGGCGCUUUAGUGACGGAUGCUCGUCUGUCUCAACUCUUUGAUCCCAUUGCCCGCCUUGUAGAUGUUUAUCCACCCAACGAUCGUCGCAACGCAGGCUACCACAAUCAGCGUGAUUCUUCAGAAUACGCUCAUCUGACUGCCUACCCGGCCAUCAUUGAACCAGUCGGAUACGACGAAGGCACUGCGAGGUUGUCCUACAUGUCAUCCAAUUCGCCGAGUAAAAGACGGUCGCUGGAUCGGCCAUCCAGCAGCCAGAGCCAUAGCAACAGCUUCUUGCGGCCAUCUUCCGUCCAGUAUCAUUAUCGACGUCAGAGGCUAUCGGAUAACAACUUUCAACGGACCUCGAUCACAUCGCAAACCUCUUCGUUGCACACGGCGCUGUCUGAAUUGGCAGGUGACGUCGAAGUGGUCGACAUGGAAGAUGGAGCACUCACCAACGAUCGCUAUUCGCAUAACUAUCAAGAUGGCGAAGUUGAUAGCGAAACGACGAUGGCGGCCAGCAGCAGCGGCGAAGGUUUCUGGUUCUCGGAUUCGCGCAACUAUCAUCACCAUGGCGAACAGGAUCACGCUAGCAUGAUGAUGGGCGUCAUGGACGAUGAAGAUCAGUACGGAGACGAAGAGACUUACCUUCCGUACGUCUACAGCAGAGGAGGCGAUCCAGGAGUCAAUUGGGAGGAGCGCUGUCUCGAACUGGAAAUGUCACUGCAGCGGUUUAGAGAUCAAGCCGGCAAAAUCCGCGGACUGCUACGCGAAAAGUUGGCGGAAAUGGAGGCGCGCGUCGUCGGAGCGGAAACCCGGGCUGAGAUUGCAGAAGAAAAGCUAAGAAUCAUGGAGCAACAGCUGGCCGAUUCACCGUGGAAUCCAUUGUCGGAGAGCACAACAGGAUCACCGGGAGUUCAUCAGACGUCAGUCAAAGAGAGGGACGUCAUCAACCGGCUCGAAGAUCAAGUGGAUGAACAGCGCAAAAUGAGACUCAACGAUGCCAAACAAGUCGAAGCCAAAGCCGCGAAAAUCAAGGAAUGGGUCACCAAUAAGCUGAAAGACCUCGAGGAACAGAAUCAACAUCUACGUGAACAAAAUCAAAAAUGUAAUGAGCAGUUGGAAUUGCUCCGCAGCCGCCUGCGACAGUUGUCGCAAACCAAUUCAUCCAAUUCCAAGAAUCAUCGGGCCAGUACCGAGGAUUCUUCGCGUGGAAGCUUAGAAGAUCAGCCAGGCAGCGAUGACAGCUUAUGUCGCGUUGGCGGAGGAAAUGCGACAGAAGGAGGGAAAGGACGCGGAAGUGGUAGUGUCAUCUCACCCUGUGAUGCUACAUCACAGCUGGAUGCGUUGUACGCGGAAGUAGAUUUGUCGAAGAAGCGCCAACAGAGAUGCGCAUCCGGCAGCGGUUGUAUGACGAGCUCUAUGACAUCAUCGUAUGGAGGUGGAGGCGGAGGCUUGGGUCUCUCGGGUCCAGUCAACUCGAUGAUGCAGCAGAGGUUCCCGGAUGGGAAUCGACUCUCCCUCUCCGGUUUGACGCGCACAGUUCGCGAUUCGCGAGUUGAUUCAGGAUCGGUCGACAUGGAGACGCCGCUUAGUCUCAGUCCCAAGAGCCCCAUAUCUGGGGGCCUCAAUGAUGAUCAUGCAUGCAGCCAUAACAGCGGAUCGAUCGGCAAGAAACCUAUCCCGCCUCCUCGGACCAGAGUUCCACGAAAGGAUAGCGAUAACAGCGUUAAUGAUGGCAAUGUUAGUGACCAUAGUGGCAGUGGUGGAGUGGCCCUGAUGGCAAAGGGCAACUGCCCUAGUGCAGGCACCUUGUCUGGCUUGUCAGACGCCGACACAUAUGAGAAUGGUGCUACCACAGCUUUGGGUGAACUCGGCCAAGCCAUCGACCAAGCAAUUGCUUCCAUGACGGCCGCUGCAUCCGAGCACUCCGAUUACGAUGUCCCGAAACCUCCGCGAAGUCUUAAAGUUCGUACUAAGCUCAUAUCCAGCGAAGUGCACGACUAUGCCGAGAUUUACACUCCCAGUAAAGAGCGAGUACCUUGGAACGGAUCGGCAGCUAUCCCCAUGUCGACGGCACGCCACUCAAUUUCUCACCCGGGCAGUUUGGUGGGCAGCGUGGGCGAUGAUUAUCACGACGACAGCAAACCGCCCACACCGCCGUUGCAUAGGUUUCCUUCGUGGGAAUCGAGGAUUUACCAGGCAGCUGCUGAAGGAUUUAGCGUGUCGGAACAGCCACCCUCCACAAUUCCACUUCAAAUCCACCAAAUUCAUCCCAACCAUAAUCAACAAUCAAGGGCACUUACCCACCGAUUAUCGAACACGGGUAGUGUUGGCUACCAUGACAUCAGCAUCCCUGUUUAUGCCACCGUCAAAGGUAGGGCCAGCCAAAUUCGAUCAGUGCCCUUCAGUGGAGAUUCAUCAGACUCCUCAGACGGCGAAGACCAUGCGGAUGUUCGGGACAACUGCAAUGAAUCGGCCAUUUCUGAUGACUAUGCCCUCCCACCCGACGACAACGGGCCUGAAGCGGAGGCAGCGAUAGUGGCGCAGUCAGUAGCCAUGUUGCGAAUCUCUACACUUGAAAGGCAUAGCGACGAGCUGGAGAAAAGUGGCUAUUUGACGAAACUCAGUGGCAAACUGAAAACAUGGCGGAAGCGCUGGUUCGUCCUGAAGAACGGAACUCUUUCAUACUGGAAAUCCCAGAGUGAUCUCGGUAGGAAGCCCCAGGGUCAAAUUUCGCUAGAUGAUAGCUGCCGAGUAUGGCGAGCAGACGGGGCGGCCACGUUCGAGAUCUCCACUUCAAAGAAGACGCACUACUUAACGGCUGACUCAAGCAGCACCGUCGACGAAUGGGUACGCAUCUUGCAGAACGUGGUUCGUCGUAAUACGACCCGUCUCCUUUUGGGACGGGAAGACCAAAAACCGACGCUGGAGGGAUGGAUUGUCAAAGUGAAACACGGCCAUUCGAAACGCUGUUGGUGCAUGCUAGUUGGCAAAACUUUCCUUUACUUCAAAGCACCCAACGAUCAGGUACCGCAGGGUCAGAUUAACAUGCGAGAUGCUCGCGUCGAAGAGCUUGAACACGUUUCCGACUCUGACAGUGAAGAUGUUGAAUGCAAUUCAAUGGCAACGGCGAGAUCAGCCAAUUUAACGGUGGGCAUCUUUCCGCCUCACGAAGAUCCAACGUAUUUACUUCUAGCUAAUAAACAAGAAAAAGACGCUUGGCUCUACCAGUUAACGAUCGUCUCGGGUGGCGGAGCUCACAGUGGAACUCAGUACGAGCAAAUGAUUCAGAAGCUGAUGGAAACGGAUGGAGAUCCAAAUUGCAAUUUGUGGCGGAAUCCGUUGCUAAUCCACUCCAAGGACAGCAUCACUUCGCCUCUGACAACUCUGCCAUCGGAGAGUUUACAUAAUGAAGCCAUAAAAUUGUUCAAAGCUAUUCAGUUGUUUACAUCGGCAUUACUGGACUCGGCCGGCAUCGAUUACCAUGUCGUGCUGGCUCAGAAUGCUCUCCAUCAAUGUCUAUGUUUACUGGAGUUGCAACCCGAGUUGAUUUGCGCGUUGAUUAAGCAGACGUCGCGUGUCCAGCCACAGAGUCAGCAGCCUGUAGUUGGCGUGGCUGGCGUCGGUAGCAAGUGGGUCGGAGGGCAGAAACUGUCCACUGCUUUACCGCCAUCUUCGGCGUCGGGCUCGCAUCAUCUACAUCAUUCUGGUUCGAUUUCGAGUGGUUCCUCAUCAUCGCCAGACAGCAAAGCUGCCAGCGCACCUUUCACUUUCGUUCAAGGCUGGCAAUUGCUAGCGUUAACCGUUUCCCUGUUCGCCCCUCGCAACAACAAGCUCCUCUGGUACCUUCGAUUGCAUUUAAAACGCAACGCCGACACGAAGACGGAGAUGGGAAAAUACGCCUCGUAUUGCCAACGGGCCUUAGAGCGAACCCUUCAGAUGGGCCCACGAGAAGCCAAACCGUCGCGGAUGGAAGUGCUUUCCAUCUUGCUCAAAAAUCCGUAUCACCAUUCGCUGCCACACGCCAUUCCCGUCCAUUUUCUCAACGGGACUUAUCAGGUGGUUGGUUUUGAUGGUUCAACGACAGUCGAGGAGUUCCUGGUGACACUCAAUCGUGAAAUUGGUUGCCGAGACGUGAGCCAGUCUGGUUUUGCUUUAUUUAGCGACGACCCAAUAGAAAAGGAUGAAGAGCAUUGGUUAGAACCAAAAGCUAAGCUUUGCGACAUUAUAUCCAAAUGGGAAACGGCUCUACGUGAAAAGGGCUUGGGAAAGUUCCAAAACACCAAAGUCAUUCGACUCACAUAUCGCCACCGCCUCUUUUGGCGCAGCAAUCUCAAAGGCGAGACAGAACGUGAAAGACUGCUGCAUUGCUAUCAGACAGCGCAGCGAAUAUCAGACAACAGAUUUCCCCUGACCAAAGAGUUGGCCAUUGAAUUAGCGGCCAUCAUGUCACAGAUAGACGGUGGCGAUUACAAUGCCGAAAGAGGCCGUGGAAGUGGAGGAAGUUCCGGUCAUCUGCAUCAAGGAGCUAUGCAAGCUCUGGAGCGCUUCAUUCCAAGGCGUUACAAGGACGGAAUCUCGCAAGAAGAGUUAAAGGAAAUGGCGGAUGCGAUAACGGAUAAGUGGACUGCGCUGAAAGGAAGAAGCAUAGCCGAUUGUGUGCGAAUUUAUUUGACUUGUACACGGAAGUGGCCUUUCUUCGGAGCUGCCCUCUUCCACGCCAAGGUUAAUGCCGGUGGAGGCAAUUCAGACUUGGAAGGAGCAUCCGUUUGGCUGGCUAUCAAUGAAGAGACAAUCACACUCUUAGACGUGACGUCGAUGCAAUCCGUGGCCCGUGUUCCAUAUUCUGCCGUAGUCACCUUCGGAGGCUGUCAGGAUGAUCUCAUGGUUGUUGUCAACAAUUGCGAUAUUCAAGGGCCUGGGACACAAAAGAUGCUAUUUGCGCUCCCGAAACCCAAGAUAUUGGAACUGACACUGCUAAUAGCUGACUACAUGAACGCUCUUGGUUGCGUGUUACCCAGCACACCAAAUGCUUCGUUGUCCCGGCUCGAUUCUCGUCGCUCCGGCCGGAGUAAAACUAAAGAGCGAGACAGUGAUCGAAGCGGUUCUUUGAGUCACCGAAUGCAAGCCAGCGUUGAACCAGAUAUUCUUCGCGCUACUCCUGAGAUGGAGAGCAAGAUGCAACAUCACCAUCACCACCAGCAUCUCUACCACGAAGAGGCAGGCAAUAAGCGACGGAUUACAACAGACAGCUGACAACUGACAAACGAUACUUGUUGUCACCUCUUUGACUGUGCCGAGUUCGUCAGCUGAUAUACGGCUAUGUAUGGUGCGAAUGAAGAGGAAGACUAAAACAAUGGUUCUUCCCGUGUGCCUUUGUUAGAGGAGCUGUUUGGCGAAAGCAGAAGGGGCAGGAAAAGAUUAGUCUUCCACAACCCCGUUUUUUAAGGAAAUUCUGCACCUCGACUUCACAACAUUUUCAUCCGCUUUUCCCGUGGCCAUUAUUGUCUCUGCUUAUUUAGAUUUCAAGCCUUGUGAGUGUAAUUGGGUUCGUUGCUGACCGUUACGUGUUCAAUGAAGUACGGUGUUUAUGCCUUUUCUCUAAUUUUUAAUGGCAAAAAUAGAGAAACGGUAGGCAACAAAAAUUGUCCGGCGAAUGGUACUUUAUCUCGUGUGUAUGUGUAUAUCUUCUAGUCUGCUACUCUAUCCGACAGGUCUUCAUCGUAUAUAUAACAUUUAAAAGCUGUGUGCGUGUUUCGUAUGUGUACGUAUUUUAUUUUCCUCAAAGGCAAUAAAUAUCUACGUUAAAUCUA